UCUCUCUCCCCGAUCCAAAUCUCAGACCCACAGCCAUGGCAACUAACCCACUCGACUCAGCCCUCACCGCCUCAACCAUCUCCGACUCCGACAAGGCUUGGCACCUCCUCGCCCUCCUCUUAUCUCUCGGCCGCCGCACCCCGCCCUCCGAGCUCGCCGCCCGAUGCACGGCGUUCCCGGCAACUACUCAUUUGGUCCGACGCCUUUGCUCCGUCGCCAAUUCGCCGCUCUCCUUGUCCGACGAUCUAUACGUCACGCCGUCUCUACUCGCCGUAACCGCUCUCGCGGAGUCCGUUUCAUGUUCCGGCGCCGCCGCCGGUGCACUGAGAACCUACUCAGGGAAGAGGAAGCGCGUCGUUUUGGAUUGCGGAUUUGUGCCCUCGGCCAAACGGAGAUUGAUUGUGGAUUUUGAAAAUGUAUAUGAAGAGAAAGGAGCGCGGAAAUCAGUCGUAAUUUCUCCUCCAAAGAUACAUUUUCAUAUGACUGACUACCUCAGCAGAAAAAUAAAUAUGCUACCAAGUGAUGUGGCUGUGGGGUUGAAUAAACCGAUGUUCAGUUCUCCAUUAUUUAUUGAAUAUAGUGCUGAGCCAUCCAGUGGUGGAGUGAAGAACAUUGAUAAUGUAGAAGAUCAAAUGGAGACCGAUCUAACUCUGCAAAGGAACAUUAACAAAACAGUUAUGGCCUGUGUAGAUGAUUUAGAGCCAACUGUUCCAACAGUGUCAGAAGAUUUAGUACUUUAUGAAGAAGCUAACAUGCACGAGAUAGAUAGCUUGGCCAAAUCUUACCUAGAGAAAAGUAAAGAAAGCAUUUUGUCACCUAUGCUGGAUGAGAAUGUUAGCGGUAGUUGUAAAGUUGCAAAUUCUACAAUCCUUGAAGAUGAAAGAAUUGUGGCAGAUUCGGAGGAAGAAUUGUUAGUAGAUCCAGGCAACCACAACGGUGAAAGAGAAAACACGUCCCACCCACAAACUGCUGUCUCUGAUAAGCUGCCUGGAAUCGACUCCAGAAGAUUAGAAGAGGAGGACUAUGAAGACACAAUACCUUUGAGAAAAAGGCUUAUAAGAAUACUUGAGACCCGAGUCAAACUUCCAGUUACUGAUUUCUCUGUUGCUGAAAAGCAAUUGUUGCAGCCAUUUGAAAAGGUGUCCAAGGAUUUAGUACUCUAUGAAAGAGCUAACAUGCAUGAGAAAACCAAAGAAAGCAUAAUCUCACCAGCUUUGGAUGAGAGUGUUAGCGGUAGUCGUAAAGUUACAAACGCUACAAUUCUUGAAGAUGAAAGAACUGUGGGAAAUCAUGAGGAAGAACUGUUCAUAGAUCCUGGCAACCCUAAUGGAGAGACUGAGAAUCUAUCACAGACAUUUGCUGCUGUUUCUGAUAAGCAGCCUGGAACAGGCUCCAGAAGCUUAAAAGAGCAGGAUUUUGAAGAUACGAUACCAUUGCAUAAAGAGCGACAUGAGAACCAAACCAUUUGUGUGGCCACUGAUCUCUCCUCUCCUAAGGUGUCCAAUGAUUUAGUACUCUAUGAAGGAGCUGACAUGCAUGAGAUAGAUAUCCAGGGAAACUCUUACCAAGAGAAAAUCAAAGAAAGCAUAAUGCCAGAGAGUGUUAGUGGUAACUGUAAAGGUACAAAUGCUACAAUCCUUGAAGAUAAACGAAUUGUGGGAGAUGCAGAGGAAGGAUUGUUAGUAAAUCCUGGCAACCCUAUUGGAGAAACAGAAAUUCUAUACCAGUCAUAUACUAAUGUUUCUGACAAGCUGGCUGGAAUUGACUUCAGAAGAUUGAAUGAGGAUGAUUAUGAAGAUACAACACCUGUGAAUAAAAGUCUUAUGACAAGAAAUGAGACCCAAACCACCUGUCCUGCUACUGAAUUCUAUGUUCCUCAAAAGCAGUUGUUGAAGUCCUCUGCAACAAUGAAGGCCAUGAACAAGGAUAAAAUAUCUUCAAGAUUGCAAUCUCUAUAUAGUUGUAGUCUAGAGCAAGAUCAGACUGUUGCCACUCCCAAAGUGAACCUCCACCAUAAAAUGGAUCAGAAGACAAAUAGCAUGGUACACAAAUCAAAGCAGAAUUGUGGUGACAUGCAUAUUAAUGAAAGAAAGAGACGAUACAAAUCUAUUUCCUCUAAGGAUCAGCCAGAGAAAAAAGAACUUCCAAAUUUUGAUUCUUAUAUGGUAGAAGAAGAAGAAGGUUCAGGUGGUUAUGGCACUGUUUACAGGGCGAGGAGUAAGAAUGACAGGACAAGGGUUGCCAUUAAGUGUCCACAUGCUAAUGCUCAUAAGAGCCAUGUUAACAAUGAGUUGAGAAUGCUGGAAAGGUUUGGGGGGAAGAACUUUGUGAUCAAAUAUGAAGGCUGUAUCAAGAAUGGAAAUUCAAGUUGCUUUGUAUUACAGCAUGUUGAGCAUGAUAGGCCUGAGGUUUUAAAGAAAGAGAUAGAUGUUUGUGAGCUCCGGUGGUAUGGAUAUUGCUUGUUUAGAGCACUUGCAAGCCUUCAUAAGCAGGGAAUCGUACAUAGAGAUGUUAAACCCGGCAAUUUCCUUUUCUCUCGUAAGGCCAACAAGGGUUACCUUAUUGAUUUCAAUCUAUCCAUGGACUUGCAUCAGAAGUAUGGAAAUAAUAGUAAGUCAAGAGGGGGAUUUGAUGUAAGCAGCAAUGAUGAGAAGCUUAUGACUGCAAAAAAUUUACCUCCAAUCACACUUAGGAAGUUGCCAAGUGGUAAAUCUUUACUAACAGCCAAUGGAGAGACCUCAAAAGGUUUGAAAUCCACUUUUGAUAUGAAGGAUCUAAAAAAGAUGGCUUUCAGCCAAAUGAAGGCCAAUAAUGAUUCGGGUAGUAGGAAGGUAAUCAAAAGUCAGGGUGCAGAUGGCUCAGGCAUAACGUCAGUAAAGGAUGUUACAAGUACCAGAACUCCUUCGGCAGAAAGGAUGAGAGAACCUUUGCCAUGCCAAGGAAGGAAAGAACUGAUCAGCCUAGUACAGGAAGCAAGGGAGAGUCCAAAUCAUGAGGCAUCAAGUAUUUCAGCUCUUAUGAGAAAGAGGGUUCCUGCCCCUCCCGUAAAUGUUGAUGGCAAGCUUUUCCAUGUCACUCCGAUGCCUAUGCACUCAACUACCAGUGGUAUUGGUGGUGGUCCAUGCUUGAUAAGAAGCAGAGGUCUUGGAAAACAUAAAGAAGGCCCUUGUGCUGGAACAAAAGGCUUCAGGGCUCCAGAGGUUCUCUUCAGAUCUCCACAUCAAGGCCCCAAAAUUGAUAUCUGGUCUGCCGGAGUCACGCUACUCUACUUGUUGAUUGGCAGAACACCCUUCCUUGGUGAACCUGAACUGAACAUCAAGGAUAUAGCAAAGCUGAGAGGCAGUGAAGAUUUAUGGGAAGUUGCCAAGCUACACGACCGUGAAUCCUCAUUUCCAGUGGAGCUCUAUAGUACAGAUUGUUUGCCCUCUAUUAAACUAAAGGAGUGGUGUAGAAUGAACACAAAGAGACCGGAGUUCUUUGAGCAAAUCCCAAGACCCCUUUUCGAUCUUGUGGAUAAAUGCUUGAUGGUGAACCCUAGGGUUAGAUUGAGUGCAGAGGAAGCGCUUAAACAUGAGUUUUUCGCUCCAUGCCAUGAAGAACUGAGAAAGCACAGGCUUCAAAGGCAGGUAUUAUAGCCUGUACUCUAGAAUAGAAGGUGCUCUAUACAUGACAAGGCAUCAUCACCAAGCCAAUUAACAUUGUCUCAAUUGAAGGCUUAAUCAGCUAACAAAUCAUGGUAAAUUCCAUUCUAAUUAAAGGCUCCAAAGUUCAACUUUAUGAUGCUGUAUUCUUCCUGUAACUUGUAAAGCUUGUAAUUACUAACGUAACAGAAAUCAGAAAUUAUGUCAACCCUUCUUCUGAAGGAUAUUUCUAGGAAGUGUUUCUUCCUAUAUAUGCACA